GCUAUUAGCUCCGCGCUGCAGACAUCAUUAGGAGUGGAGGGAGACGAUUCCACCGUCAGCGCAGGAACAGGAAGCUCUGGCAACAAGGAGACACCGCUCUUACCAGACCAUUACACCGUACAGGAAUCAGGGUGAAAGCACCUGGAGCGAGGCUGCAGUACUGACUGGGUUUCCUGUGUUCAACUGAACCACGGUACUGACUGGGUUCCUGUGUUCAACUGAACCACGGUACUGACUGGGUUCCUGUGUUCAACUGAACCACGUUACUGACUAGUCCCCUGUAUUCAACUGAACCACAGUACUGACUGGGUUCCUAUGUUCAACUGAAACACGGUACUGACUGGGUUCCUAUGUUCAACUGAACCACAGUACUGACUGGUCCCCUGGGUUCAACUGAACCGCAGUACUGACUGGUCCCCUGGGUUCAACUGAACCACAGUACUGACUGGUCCCCUGGGUUCAACUGAACCUCUUUCUGGUUUCUCCCAACUGGACCACCGGACCAGGCCAGGCCAGGACCAACUGCCUUCUACCCUCAGGUAGUGCUGGGGCCCUGAGAGGAAGCAGUGCUGUGUUCUGAUUGGAGGACCCCUUCAUGGGCUGCAUCCCGUGCUGACACACAGGAGGGACUGGAGGAAUUCUGUUGAAUGCGAUUGCUGCAUCUGUCCAGAAGGCUGUCCAGAAGGCUGUCCAGAAGGCUGUCCAGAAGGCUAGCUCACAGAGGGAAAUGAUUCCGCAUGAAGCUGACGGACGGCUCUCCUCCUCUCUCCACGACAACGCCGGGUGUGACUCGGGCUGCUCUCACGGCAACGGCAGGUGUGCCGCUCUCUGCUCUCUGCUGAGCCAGAGCCAGGCGUUGGACAGACGCUGAGCUACCCCUUCCCUCCCUCUCUACCUCCUACACCCUCCUACCUAUCUACCUACCUACCUACCUACCCCCUCCAGUCUCCUGGUCCUACCCACCCACACAACCAGCAGGAGGGCCUACUCUGUCAACGAGGAAAACCAGGCCAAGGAGAGAGAGAGAGAAAGUGAGAGAGAGAGAGAGAGAGAGAGAGAGAGAGAGAUAGAGAGAGAGAGAGAGAGAGAGAGAGAGAGAGAGAGAGAGAGAGAGAGAGAGAGGGAGCGAGCGAGCGAGCCAAAGACGGGAAUGAAAGAGAAUGUGAACGAGGCAGAGACAUAAGAACUAGAGAGUUAGUGUGAAAAAAGAGACAGGCACACCUGUUGUUGCCGUGGGAGCAACGCGUGUCUAUGUGACAGAAAGUCUAGAGACAAAAGACAACAGUAUGAAGUCCAACCAUGAGCGCAGCAACGAGUGUCUGCCCCCCAAGAAGAGAGAUUUCCCAGCCAGCACUGCAGAUGAGAGGCCCCUAUUGAUGGCGCCCGCCAGCGAGACCCAGCGAGGAGAGAACCUGACAUGGCUGGCCAGUGUAGCUGGCGGGCACAACAGAGACAUUAGUGGAGGUAACGGGGAUGGCGGUAGAGGUGGGCAGCGUACCAGCACUCCCUGUGAGUCUGACGUGCCCCAGUACAAACCACUAUGCUCCACCAUCACCACACACUCAGACUUCCUGGUCCCUUCCUCCAUCUGUUCCUCCUCUUCAUCACAUCAGUCCAGAGUGGUGACCACAUCGCUCCCUGCCAUGUACAGCUCUCCUCUGUCCCCACCAGGGGGGACCAUCCACUACACCCAGCUUCCCCACAACCUUCAGGUCAUCAGUUCCCCUUACCCAGGCCCCUACGCUGGCUACCUCUCCUCCCAGCCCCCCCCUCUACCCACCUCCACAUCCCAACGCUCCCACCCUGACCCCUACCCCAACACCACCAUCACCUCCAAGCUCCAGCACCACUCUGUGGGUCCAGGUCGCCCCCCACUCCAGUCCCUACCCCCAGGCCUGGCUGUAUCAGACACUGGCCCCCAGUACAUCCAGCUCUCUGGUUCCUCUCAGAACGUGGCCCCCCGGACUGCCCCCUUGCCCCACGGAGGGACCCACCACCUGCACCACGACCCCCACCACACCCUGGCCUUCAGCGGGGGCUCCCAGGUGCUGGUACAGUAUGCGGGCUCCGGCUCCGAGGAGCCCCUGACUAAGAGAGAGGAAGGCCGGCCCAGGGAACUGCACAACGGAGAGCUGGAGAAGAGAGGCCGCUUUGAGAGGAAGGAAAGCAAAGGAGCCCCAUCAUCAUCCUCCUCUUCUUCCUCCUCUUCCUCCCAUCACCAGCUCCACCAGCAGCAGAGCUCCCACCAUCACUAUGAGACCUAUACCUCCCAUGAUGCCUCAGGGCUACGGACCUCUCUCAUGCUUGCCCCCAACAGUCAUGGAGGACAAGACCACAAGAGUCCCGAAAAACUACCCCUCUCCUCUGCCUUGCACCCAGAGAAAGGCAGCCUCCUCCUGGGUAAACCUGUGCACCGCACCUCCUCCUCCACGUUCACCUUCCCCCCUGCGCUCAAUGUGGAUAGUCUUAAGGCAGCCGUCAGCUCCCUGUCCCCCCACACUCACACAGUCAUCCAGCCCACACACAAUGCCAGCGAUGCAUCGCCCAUCUCCCUAGGCCAACUCUCCAACAACUUCUACCAGACUGGCCCAGGUGGGCAGCCCAUCAUCGGCUAUCUGUCUGGGGGUGCAGGGGGGCAACAGUACCACACCAGUCUGUCCCAGCACAGGCUCAUCCCCGUCAGUGGGGCCGGGGCCACCAGCCUGGAGGCUGGCCAUACUGCCCAUGUAGCCACCACAAGUCAACCACAGCCCUUCCCUGCCACACUCUCCCACGCCUACGUCGCCACCACCACCACCACCACUAACCCCAGAGAGGAGCAUCUAUUUGAGGUCCCGGCCCCCUACCCUCCUCUGUCCUACCCUGCUGGGGCUGGGGGGAGCAUGGUCCAGGCCCAGCUACACCUCCCGGUGGUCCCAACCCCCCAGGCCCCCUCCUCGGCCCCCUCGGGCUCCUCGCUGCCCGCCUACUUUAUCAAGGGCUCCAUCAUCCAGCUGGCGGACGGGGAGCUGAAGCAUGUGGAGGACCUGAAGACGGAGGACUUCAUCCAGAGCGCUGAGAUCAGCAGCGAGCUGAAGAUAGACUCGUCCACCGUAGAACGCAUCGACGACAGCCACACACCCAACUUUGCCAUCGUACAGUUCUCCGUGGGUGAACACCGCGCUCAGGUGAGUGUGGAGGUGCAGGUGGAGUAUCCCUUCUUCGUAUUCGGCCAGGGCUGGUCGUCGUGCUGCCCGGACCGGACCACUCAGCUGUUAGAACUACCCUGCACCAAGCUCUCAGUGGGGGACGUCUGCAUCUCCCUCACCCUGAAGAACCUGAGGAACGGCUCCCUGAAGAAGACCCAGCAGACCCAGAACCAGGCCAUGGAAAUCACUACUAGCUGCAACAUGGGCUCCAUCCACGGGCCCCUCAAACCCUCCAGGUCUUCCCGGGGUGGAAGGGGGUCAGCCAGGCAUGGGGAGCAAGAGAACGGGGUGGGUCAUAGAGGCUCCAGUGGGGGAAUGGUGGUUGAAGGUGUUCAGUUCGCCUCAGAGAAUGGGGAACUGAGGUUCGGCGUCGGAGGGGGGGCCAACUUGAAAGGAGGCCAGCCUGGAGAUUCAGAAUCCAGUAGGGGCGCCGCCAAGCCGGCGAGCCGCAAGAGGAGGUGGUCGGCCCCCGAGGGCCGUCAGGUGGAGAGGAGCGAGGAGGUGCCCCAGUUGACUCUACCCAAACCUUCAUUUAUCACUCAGGGGGUAAAAAUCAGCAUCGAAGGCAGGUCAAAUAUAGGCAAAUAGUGAAGGCAGGAGAUUAAAACAAGACUGUUAAUUCAAAUAGGGGUUGGAGGAGAGAUGGGAAAAAAGAAAUGCCCUCAUAGAUGUUUUAUUUUAACAAAUUAGUUUUAGAUUUUUUUCUUGUUUAUAUUUUCUAUCCGGAUUACUGUAGGCUAAAUUUGACCCAUGUUAUCACCUUACAUUAAGUCAUUAAGUACAUUGUAGUUGAUGCGUUCGGCAUUACGUAAACAAGCAAACGGUGCAAUUGCUUUGGGAUUUGUCAACGAAUCUCUGGGCAAGGGGUUUUGUCAAGUAUAGUACGUGUUUUAUUGGUGGGUUUGUGGCAUGCAAGAGCGCUGCUUGAUACCUCUCUGGUCAUUAGAUGGCUGCAGGUGGACAACUGAAUGAAAUAUGUAAGUUAGCUUUCCUAUAGGGCCUAGGAGAUGACUAAGCUGCCAUAAUGUAGACCGGUGAGUGAUAUCACUUCCUGGUAGAGGGCACUACUGACGAGAGUGUUCAGGAUGUCUGGACGGAAUCACUCUCCACGCCACCCGUUGCCGUGGUGGCAGACUGAGUUGAUAUGAUGUCAUCUAUCCCGAGCGACUCAAGACGUCUUUAGAUGAAACACAGUAGAAAAAAGGACUUUAACAAAUUCAAACCCUCUUGAAUAGAAGAGGAGGUAUAAUAACACCUUUAUGUGUCUCUGUAGGAAGGUUAGAACUACACAUCUAAUCCUAAACAAGGGGUCACCAGAUGCCUCGACACUCAUCCACCUAGACCACUCAGCUAGGUGAUGUCACCCAGCAGGGCCAGACCAGCCAGGUGAGGUCAUCAGGCCGCGCCACUGGGCCACCAUAAAAAGAGAACUCUUCCUUCCUUUGUUAUGUUUGGGUGACAGUGGAGUCAUUUUGUUAUUAUUCUUGAAAUGUUCUGAGUUGAUAAUGAUAUAUUUAAAUGAUUGUCUAAAACUUUGAGGUCAGGGGUCACAUACUGUAUGUAUAAUUUGAUCCAGGGUGGUUAAGUCAAAUGUUUAUGUUAUUCCUUUAUACCCUACAUACAUUUACAUUCACACUGAGUUGAUGAACUAUGGGAUUAUUCAGAGGAAGAUGAUGUUUACUUGGUGCAACCUUUUCCUUUACAUUUUUAUGGCAGAAAGAAAGAGCUUAUUUCUCAAAUGGUCCCCUAUACCCUAUAUAGUGCACUUUUUUUUACUAAGGCUCCUAUCCUUAUGGGCCCUAGUCAAAAGUAGUGCACUGUAUAGGGAAUAGGGGCCAUUUGGAACGCAGUCAGAGAGUCACUGUUGAGUGUUUAGAGAGAGACAGCAUGUUGUCUUGAAGCACUUGCGUUUGCACACCUGUCACACUCACCAACUGAUGAUAACACAACUAUUAUUAUUAUUAUUGUUGUUGUUAUUGUUGGUCUCUCUUCAUUAACACAGUACUGUAUGUUUUUGUUAUUUUACCUUGAGGAAGAAAUAGAACUCUGUGACAGCGGGACUUUAGAACAGUGAAGGGGUCAUGAUGAUGUCAUAGAGGAAUGAUGAUGUCAUGGGGUCACCAAGUCACUUGACCUGACAGGGAUGAAUGUGACAGGUGAUGAAGCGAGUGCCAGUUAGGAGAGGGAAAGAAAGUGAGAAAGGAAACAGAGGAAUAUAGAGGACGAUAUGAAAGCAGAAGAGUGUUUUUUUUUGUUAAGGCACUUUACUCCAAUCAGAACAUGCUCUUCAAAUUAUGGGUGUGGUCAAAAAAAAAGACACAUAACUGCCUUUUCAAGGAAAUCAAAAAUGUCAAUCAAGUCCAAAGGGAGAAUGGACAAAGGAUGAGAAUAGGCAGGAACUAUGUACAGGUAUGUUGUGGACGAGACUGAGAGAGUUAUAGAUGUUCUGCACACAGGAUUUUUGAUGUGUGUCAUAUACAUAAGGUAUGUACGGGAAAUAUGCAUGAAUGUAGGUAUGUGUAAGUACACACACACCAGAGGAGGCUGGUGGGGGUAGCUAUAGGAGGACGUAUUCAUUGUAAUGGCUGUUAUGGUAUAGAUGGAACGGGGUCAAACACACUGUUUCCAGGUGUUUGAUGUGUUUGGUACCAUUGCAUUGAUUCCAUUCCAGCCAUUACAAUGAGCCCAUCCUCCUAUAGCUCCUCUCACCAGCCUCCUCUGACACACACUCACACAAACACACACGGAAUACAGUACCUGCACAGACAGGCACUCUCCUGAAGGUGAGGGAGGACUGUAUGUAUUUCAUACUUGUUGAUAUAGAGAAGCCAAUAUAUUUGAGUAGGAAACUAAGACGAUAGUGAUUCUCAGUGGUGUGUGUGUGUGUGUGUGUGUGUGUGUGUGUGUGUGUGUGUGUGUGUGUGUGUGUGUGUGUGUGUGUGUGUGUGUGUGUGUGUGUGUGUGUGUGUGUGUGUGUUUGCGUGCGUGCGUGCGUGCGUGCGUGCGUGUGUGUUUGUAAAUGUGUAUAGAAAUAUCAUAUAAGUUAAUUUGAUAUAUCCCAUGUUAAAUGUCCAGGGUUCCUGUUUUUGGAGUUCUACUUAAGAGAAUCUUGCAAUUUGCACAUCUGGAGAGGUUGUCAGUUGGGUGACAUGACUUUUUGGUUGUGUCUGAAAUGGCGCCCUUUUCCCUACAUAGUGCACUGACCAAAAGUAGUGCACUAUAUAGGGAAUAGAAUGCCAUUUCAGAUACACCUAUGUUUUCAGCCAGGUUGCACACACAAACACACACACUCACACAAACACACAGUGAGCUGAAGCCAUAGAGAUAGGUAGAGGACUCGUCUUUGUAUCUGUGCCAUUAUAGUGUCUGUGACAGCCUCAAUGGAGUUGUCCAUGCUAUCUCCAUUUUAAAGUAGUCAAUUGUCAUCUUCACUAUUGGCUGGUCCCUCCUGAUGACCCAGUUGGACAUGACUCCAACAGGGUCACCAGCGGGGGAUCAUUCAAUGAAGUUGGAAGUCCCACCCAGUUGACUACAUUAAAAUGUUGGAAUCCCUCAUUGGCGUUUCCCAUGCUAAUACGACCUUUUGGCCACUAGAGGCCUCUAUCAUUCUCUAUGGCUGAAACCCCAUUUUACUGAAAUGUAGCAGUUACUUAAGAAGUGCUCUCCCUGCUGAUUGGCUCUGACAAUCUUAACUCUGCUCCUCAGUGGACAACCACACUGUCAAUCACAUCUGUGGCACGUCCAAGUCCCACCCACUUGUUGGGGGUUUGGUUGAGAGACAGUGUGGAGGUAUGUCGGUCGGUCUUGGAGCCGGGGGCGGGGCCACCAGCAUGUACACCUGUUGAGCUCUCUGAUUGAACUAGAUUUUCAGGUGUGUUUAGGUGGUAGAAGAUAUGGCAGAGUAGGAGAAGUAUGUAGAAGUUGCUUCUAGCCACUGGUGUAGGUUCAGAUCCCCCUAAAGGUUCGUGUUAGGUGUGGGUGUAGGGGAAUCUGAUCCUAGAUCUGUGGUUAAGAGGAACUCCUACCUGGAGGGCGGGUGCGGGUGAUGGACAGAUGGAUGGAUGGUGGUGGCGGUGGUGGGGAGUGAGUAGACACCCUGUAUAAGAUUUGAAAAUGCAUUAUUGUUUUUAAUAAAACAGGGUUUCUCAGAUCAACA